UUUCUGCUCUCGGGACGCGCGCGGCUUGGCAAGCGCUCCUCGCCCGGCUCUCGCCUGCUCCUGAACCGAGGCGCGCUCCCAACGCAACCGCAACCACGUUAACUUCACAGAGGUCCGGGGUCUCCUGCGGAGCCAGGAGCCGAACUGGUCGGAUCAUGGAGCUGUUGUCUACACCACACAGCAUUGAGAUCAACAACAUCACAUGUGAUUCGUUCCGGAUCUCCUGGGCCAUGGAUGUUGGAGACCUGGACAGAGUCACCCACUACUUCAUUGACCUGAACAAGAAGGAGAACAAGAACUCCAAUAAAUUCAAACACAGGGAUGUUCCUACCAAGCUGGUAGCCAAGGCGGUUGCCCUGCCCAUGACGGUGAGGGGCCACUGGUUUCUGAGUCCCAGGACUGAGUACAGCGUGGCAGUGCAGACAGCAGUGAAGCAGAGUGACGGGGAGUACCUUGUGUCUGGAUGGAGCGAAACCGUCGAAUUUUGCACAGGGGAUUACGCUAAGGAGCAUUUGGCCCAGCUGCAAGAGAAAGCCGAACUCAUUGCAGGGAGGAUGCUCAGGUUCUCCGUCUUUUAUCGGAAUCACACCAAGGAAUACUUCCAGCAUGUCCGAAUGCACUGUGGAAACGUCAUGAAGCCAUACCUGAAGGACAACAGUGGCAGUCACGGCUCACCCACCAGCGGCAUGCUGCAUGGCAUCUUUUUCAGCUGCAACACCGAAUUCAACACAGGCCAGCCUGCACAGGACUCACCUUACGGCCGUUACCGUUUGCAAAUCCCCGCCCAGCAGCUUUUUAGCCCCAACACCAACCUCUACUUUGCGGACCUCUACUGCAUGUACACCGCCUAUCACUACGUCAUCCUGGUCCUGGCACCCAAAGGCUCUCCGGGAGACCAUUUCUGCCGGGAGCGUCUGCCCCAGUUAGACAUUUCCUGCAACAAGUUCCUGACCUGCUCCAUGGAGGACGGCGAGCUCGUCUAUCACCAUGCUCAGGACGUCAUCUUGGAGAUCAUCUACACUGAGCCGGUUGAUCUCAGCCUAGGCGUUCUGGGAGAAAUCAGUGGCCAUCAGCUUAUGAGCCUUUCAACCGCCGAUGCCAAGAAGGACCCCAGCUGCAAGACGUGCAACAUCAGCGUGGGGCGCUAGAGACUGGGGAGAGGUGGGGAGGGAAG